GUGUUUAAUAGGGGAAGGAGGAAAGUAUUCAACGCCCAACUGCAGCGCAACAGUUCGGCUGAUGUUGCUAGGUGUGGUUCUGUUUAGCUGUUGAGUUCCAGUUGUCAACAUGUCCUUCGUCAGUUCAUUUCUCGAGCAGCUUGCCUAUCAGGGCAUGCAAGAGACCACAGUACAAGACAUCACAGAGGUACAAGGAACGGUGAAGCCCUAUGCUCAGUUUAACGCAGCUGCAGAUGCAGCCGUCCUGGACAAAGCUAUCAAAGCAAAAGGUGUGGAUGAGCCCACAAUCAUUGAUACACUGGUCCACAGGAGCAAUGCCCAGCGCCAGCAAAUUAAGGCUGCUUACCAGCAAGCCACUAGCAAGCCUCUAGAUGUCGCUCUGAAAAAUGCCCUGAAAGGUGAGCUUGAAGAUGUGGUUCUGGGUCUGCUGAUGACUCCAGCUCAGUAUGAUGCCUUCCAGCUCAAAUAUGCCAUGAAGGGUGCUGGCACAACUGAAGAUACUCUUAUUGAGAUUUUGGCGUCCAGGACCAAUAAGGAGAUCGGAGAUAUCAAACAGGUUUACAAACAAGAGUAUAAAAAGGACCUGGAGGCAGAUAUCAAGUCUGAUACAAGUGGAGACUUCAGGAAUGCCCUGCUUUCCCUCUGCAAGGCUACCAGAAGUGAGGACAAUAUUGUGAAAGAUGACUUGGCCGACAAAGACGCAAGGGCCUUGUAUGAAGCAGGAGAGAAGAGAAAAGGCACAGACUGUUCAGUGUUCAUUGACAUCCUCACUUCACGCAAUGGUCCUCAUCUGAGGAAAGUUUUUCAGCAGUACAACAAGUACAGUAAAGUGGACGUCGCCAAAGCCAUUGACCUAGAGUUAAAGGGUGAUAUUGAGAGCUGCUUGAUUGCUGUUGUGAAAUGUGUUUCAAACAAACCUGCUUUCUUUGCUGAGAAACUGAAUCUAGCAAUGAAGGGCUCUGGUUACAGAGGCAAGAUCUUGACCAGGAUAUUGGUGAGCCGCUCUGAGAUUGACUUGGCCAACAUCAAGCAAGAGUAUCAGAAGAAGUAUGGCAAGAGCCUCUACCAGGAUAUCCAGGAUGACACCAAAGGAGAUUAUGAGACGAUCCUGCUAGCAUUGUGUGGCAAUUAAUUUCUGUCAAGAAUAAAUGCAUACAGACGAAGAUCCACCAGAUGUCAAUAUAUGCAAUAAAAACCCCGUACACAACAAGCAACUAUAACAAAAUGAAAAACUUUUUGAUAAAUAAAGAUUCAUAAGAAAGAA